UCCCGUUAGUAGGCUACUGUCGCUACACAUAUACUGAACUUUGCCUUUCGGUAAACACGAAGUGUAAUAAUUGGACAGCCAGAGCGAAGGUCGAUAAUCCAUCCACUCGGUUAAAUGCUAAAUGAAUAGAGCAAACCUGUUAUUGUAUUAGUGAGCGCUAAUCGAAAAGAGUGAGGAUCUAUUCAUUUUCAUCAUGAACUUUCUCUUGGAGACUCUUCAGGUGCUUUUGAUGUCACUGGUCUACAGCUUAGAAGCAUUCGUUAGGUUAUUUGUACCGCCUCGAAAGAAGAAUGUGUCCGGGGAGAUCGUGUUGCUGACCGGGGCGGGCAGCGGCAUAGGUCGCCUCAUGGCCCUGGAGUUCGCGCGCCUGGGCGCGCGCCUUGUGCUGUGGGAUAUCAAUGAGGACGGUAAUAAAGAGACUGCUCGUAUGAUUAAAGAAACGCACGGCGCGCGAGCGUACACAUAUACCUGUGACUGCAGCGACCGCGAGGAAGUGUACAGAAUCGCAAACCAGGUAAAGCAUGAGGUUGGUGAUAUCACAAUUUUGAUAAAUAAUGCAGGAAUUGUUACUGGGAAGAAGUUCAUGGAAUCUCCUGAUUCACUCAUAGAGAAGUCUAUGGAGGUCAAUAGUCUGGCACAUUUCUGGAUGUACAAGGCAUUUCUGCCAGCAAUGACUGCUGCUAAUCAUGGCCAUUUGGUCAGUAUUGCAAGCUCCGCUGGACUUAUUGGAGUAAAUGGACUGGCAGAUUAUUGUGCAAGUAAGUUUGCUGCAGUUGGCUUUGCUGAGUCUAUGGCACUAGAGCUGCUGGCCAUGGGCUAUGAUGGAGUGAAGACCACCAUAGUUUGCCCAUUUUUCAUUAACACUGGCAUGUUUGAUGGUGCCAACACAAAAUGGCCCAGAAUCAUGCCUAUUCUUGAGCCGGAGUAUGCAUGUAGGAAAAUUGUGGAUGCUGUUAGAAGGGAACAGGUUUAUGUUUAUAUGCCUCGAAGCAUCUACAUUGCCAUUGUUUUGAAGAAUCUUUUACCCACUAAAAUGGGUGUGCUGCUUGGUGAAUAUCUAGGAGCGUUCAACUUUAUGGCUAAGUUCAAAGGCCAUGGAAAAAAGAUCAAAUAAUUUCUACCACCAGAGGAAUUCAGAACCAACCAGUGGGACCAGAUGGACAAAUCACAGUGAGAUGUUUGAGGACACAAAACAGUGUUCUGCCACAAAGUACCUAAAGAGUGAAUGGAAUAGUUACACAUAAAACAAGCAUAAAAUCACUUCUUACAUUCAGCACUGUUUAACCAUCUAACCAUUUAACCAGUUUUUAUUAUUUUUAUUCUUAUUUUUUAAUAACAGCAAUAAACUCAUCUUGAGCCAUUUGCACAUAAUUUGCACCCAAUAAAACAUUUUAAUGAAGAAAAACUGUCUCUUUGGCUUUAGAGGUUACAUAUUGUAGAUAGUUAUUUCUGUUGAUUUUUUUUUUUUUUUUUUUUAAUGUAUGUAUGUUUGACCAGAACCAAACUACUUUCUAAUUACUUAUUUAAUGACUGACUGAUUGUAUUAUGGAAGCAGUUGACUUGGCUUAUGAUUAUGGCUCCUUAAUAAAUGUAUAAUAAUAAUAUUGGUGU